AUUUCGAAAUAUUUCAUGAUGGUAAAUUUAAUUGCUUCCUGUGUCCUUCCGAAAAUGAAGAGUCAGGAAUUACGAAAACCGCUUCCCAGCUAUACCACUUCGUUAUUAAUCAACACAGUGCUCAUGACAUUGAUGACAGUCGGGCUUGUCGUGUUGUUUGCCCUUGAAGCAAAUAUUCGCGGCAUUUUCACGAUGAAUUACUAUGCCGUUACAAUCAUUAUAUCAGUUGUUUCUAUCCUAUUACUUCUACUUAUGCUCAUGGGGAAAAUUCGUUCGAAUUUUUACGGUGUCCGUGUACUACUUUGGAUUAUAGUCAUAUUAUGGACAAAAACGCGUAUUCUGCAUACUCACAGUAGUUUUAAUCGCAAUACUCAUACUCGCCAUGAUGUUCAUUUGCGUCAAUAUGCGAAGAUGGAUAACGUGGUGGUUCCCGCCUAA